AGCCGUGGUGUGUGAGCCCUGCUCCUCCAGCGGUAUUGUACCGUGCAUGGCCUACUGCAGCUGCAGCUUCAACUCGUGGAGGCAAGAAUGACACCGGCGCUCCCCUACAUGAAGACAACCUGAGCGUAAGGACGGGUCUGUUUCAUUUCAUCAUUUAAAGAUUACCACAAUGAUGGCGCUCUUCGAUGCACCUUUACGGACACGGUUGAUCGUGCCGGUUUUUACAUUCAUGGCACUGUGGGGAUGCGCGCUGUCCAUCACUCGCUACUCUAUACCGGAGGAGAUGGAGGAGGGCUCCUUUGUUGCCAAUCUGGCCACAGAUCUGGGUCUGGAUGUUCGCAGUUUGGUGCAGCGUAGCGCGAAACUCGAUGUCAUUCAGAGCAAAAAUUACCUUGACAUCAACAAAGAAACGGGGGAGCUGAUAAUCCGCGAGAAGAUAGACCGGGAGAGCAUAUGCAUGACUAAAACAACCUCGUGCUUUCUGAAGAUGGAUGUCAUACUAGAAAACCCCAUUCGUAUUUUUAACCUCGAGUUAGAAAUCAUGGACAUCAACGACAACGCGCCGCUGUUUCGUAGGAAGACAAUGCACUUGGACAUAUCUGAGGCAACCCCUCCCGGUGAGAGGUUUUCAUUGACAAACGCGGUGGAUGCGGAUGUGGGGGCGAAUUCAAUCAAAACGUACUAUCUGAGUGAGAGCAAAUACUUUAACAUUGACAUUCAAACCGGCAGCGAUGGCUCCAAAUAUGUCGAUUUAGUGCUGAGCGGUAAUUUGGACCGAGAGGAGCAUUCAUCCCAUAAUUUGAUUCUAACCGCUGUGGAUGGAGGGGUUCCUCCCCGCUCAGGCACAGCCAGCAUCGUUAUUAAUGUGCUGGAUAUCAAUGACAACGCCCCCCUCUUCAGUCAGCCGGUUUAUGCAGUGAACGUCUCUGAGAACGCGGCUGCAGGGACAGUGGUCAUGACCUUAAAUGCAACAGACUUGGAUGAAGGCACAAACGCCCAGCUGGUGUAUUCAUACACUCUGUACACCUCAGAGAAGACUCAGGAGAUCUUUUCUCUUGAUCCGAACACAGGCGAGAUCAAGGUGAAGGGGGUGAUUGAUUACGAGGAGAGUCAGAGUUUUGAGAUGCACAUCCAGGCUCAGGAUCGAGGGGCAAGCCCGCUCACGGGAAACUGUAAAGUCUUGUUGAAUGUCACAGAUCUGAAUGAUAACUACCCAGAGGUGACCAUCAAGUCUGUGAAAAGUUCCCUGACUGAGGAUGUUGCUGUAGGGACGCUGAUUGCCGUGAUCAGUGUGAGAGACAGGGACUCUGGAAGGAACGGGGUAGUAGAGCUCACUUUGAAUCAAGAAAAGUCUUUACCUUUCCGCCUUGACAAAUCAUCAGAGGGUUACUUUGAGCUGCUUGUGUCAAAGCCGCUGGACAGAGAGAUAAUAAGCAAGUAUGACAUCACUUUGAGGGUAACAGACAAAGGCUCACCUCCCUUAUCUGAAAACGAGACCAUCACCUUAGAGAUCCUGGACAUCAAUGACAAUGCACCCAAGUUCCCUCAGUCCUUCUACACCAUCCAUGUCGUUGAGAACAAUCUACCAGGGGCGUUAUUGACAUCUCUUAGCGCAUUUGACCCAGAUCUCAAUGAGAACCAGUACUUGGUUUACUUCAUAAUGGAGAAGGAGAUCGUUAACACGUCCAUGUCAAUGCUGUUUUCCAUCAACCCUGAGAACGGCGAUCUCUAUGCCCUGAAGACCUUCGACUACGAGAGAGAGAGGGAGUUCCUCUUCCACAUCGAGGCAAGAGACUCUGGUGUCCCCCCGCUGAGCAGCAACGUGACGGUCCACAUCAUCAUUCUGGACCAAAACGACAACACCCCCCUCAUCGUGUCACCGUGGCGGGCACAGGGUUCCGUAGUAGAGGAGGUGAUACCCAGGUCAACGGAUAAGGGGCACUUAGUCGCCAAAGUGAUUGCCAUUGAUGCAGAUUCUGAGCAGAAUGCCAGAGUCACGUAUCAGCUCUUGCAGAUCACAGACUCAACCCUAUUCAGCUUGGACCAAUACAACGGGGAGAUACGGACAACAAGGAUGUUCAGCUACAGAGACCCGAGAGUACAGCGGCUGGUGAUCGUCGCCAAAGACAAUGGCCAACCCGCUCUCUCUGCCACCGUCACCAUCAAGAUAUCAACGGUAGAACAUGCCAUGUCCUUUUCAGAGACCACAGAGUUGCCCAUAGAGUACGACGUCUUCACAGACCUGAACCUGUACCUGGUGAUCGGUUUAGGGGCCGUGUCGUUCCUGCUGCUGAUAACCAUCUUGGUAAUAAUUGUGCUCAAGUGUCAGAAACCAAAACCAAAGGCCAUCAAGCUCCCACCAGCCAACAGGAACAGCGUGAUCAGCAGGAACAGCAUGAUAAGCCAGAGGAGCUCCACCAUCGCAGACUCCACGCUGAUCUCCAGCGAUGCCUACUGGUACAGUUUGUUCCUGGCGGAGACCAGGAAGGGCAAGGUGGUGGUGAGACAGCCCAUCAUCCCGAAAGGAGCUGGGUACUUUGUGUCCAGUAUACCCCGGAGCAUAGGGCCUAGUGAGACCACAGACUCCAGAGCAUCCACACUGGAGUACUCAAAAUGAAAGGAAGUCCAUUCUACAACUGGAGGGACCCAGAAGAGAACUGCCAUGAUAUAAUCAUCUCUUCAUGGAAGUCUCUGGAUGAAGGUUUUUCCCUAUGACUCACAAAAGAAGAUGUAAAACAACUGUCCUCCCUCUGUUCCUCUGCUCCUCCAAUCCCCCAUACAAACAUGGACCAGGAAUCACCUCAGCUUUCUGCCUUCUUUUCUCUUUUCAAGCAUGAAUCUGCAUGAUUCUACAACAUAUUUGGACAUGGAAAUAUAAAUCAUUCAUCGCAGGCUAUUUGGGCAUCCUCCUAGAGUUGCCUCAUGUAGUAAAUCAUUCCUUCCUUAACGCUUUCUCCUCGAUGGACAAAAUUUGCCUUUUUCUCCAGGGUUUAUGCGGUGUGCUGUAGUUCUAGAAAACAUCAGUAGCUUAACUCACAUAAGUCAUGCAACAUUUCUGAAAACGGAAGUUUAAAACACGCCUAUUGCAAAAUAGUCAGAUGAGUCAGGGUAAAUAUGAUUCUUCCAUUACUCUGAUAAAUACUGAACUGUAGCUGGUUCUGUCACAAAUUCAGGCUUUGCACUUGGUGUUCUUUCUCUUUGAAUAAUAAUUUUUACUCUCUACUGUUACUCUCUGAUGAAAAAAACCAAUGAUCUGAUUUUACAAUUCUCAUUUUUUACAAUGUUUGUUGUACUCAGCAGUGAUGAAUGUGUGAAAAAAAGACAAAAAAGAAUGAAAGAAAACUGUAAAAUUAAGUUAAAAAAACACAGGAGAUACUUUGUUUCUCUUUUUAGUUGAUUGUAGAUACUGUAGUUCUAUGACGAUAAAGAGGUCAAAGAAGCAAAAAGACUUUUGACACCUUCACUUUUGCAUCAGGUUUUACCUUAUAGACGUCUGUGCUCUUACAAAGUAUCGGUUUUCUGGCUUCAGUGGGGAGGCACAAAUUACACAGCAAUAUGAAAUUAUCUGAAAUGUGAUCGUGUCGAAAAUCCAGUGCAUCCGCUGUUUCAGCCUGUCUCCUCUUGCAGGAGGGGGGGGGGGGUGUCUUUCUAUCAAAUCUCUAUUCAGAGGCAAUCAGCAGAAUUAGGGGGCAGGGUCACAAUGGGGCUGCAAGGAAAUCAUUCAAUUGUAACGGACAUAAUUUUUCAAAAUCAGGUUUAAAUGUCAAUUUAACUUUAUUUGCAAAAGGUUUACCGUAUUACAUUUAUAAACUGUUAUCUUUACAAGCUAAUUCUGACUGACUUUUUUCCAGGCUUAAGCUGAAUUCUCAUUUUCUGAAAGCACUCGGUGCAACUCUCAAUUGAAAGAAAUACAAUUAAAAGUGAAAUAAAAAAAAAAAUAUUUUGUAAUGAUAAAUACUGUUUAUUGAAAAAAAAAUAAGAAUAUUAAAAUGAAUUUAUCUUUGCCUCGGUGUAAGGGAAAUAUACAGUACGGCCCAGGCGAGGUGUUGUUUUAUGAAUAUUCAUGUUUUUAUAGAUAUUUUAAGUAAUGACUUUUAACGCUGCUUUUGUGAGCUUCUCGAAGGGCAUUUUGUGUUGCAUAUUUGUAGUUUGGUGCGUAUGAUGUUGUUUUUGAUAGUUCAAAUAGAAACAAGAGUACUUCUCAUGACCUCAAAGGUAGCGCCGUUGUGCUGCUGUGAAGCCCAGGACUUUUCAUUUCUCAGAAACAAGGAGCUUAUUAAGACUACUCAUUAGGGUGCUAAAUGAUCAAAUGUAAUUGGGUGAGGUAAGGAGAUUUGACUGUGAGAAGGGGGAACAGGGUGUUAAUUAUAGUUACAGUAUUCUGGUGCUGACUCCGCACAGCAAAAAAAGAAAAGAAAAAAAAAGAGACAGUGCUUAGAAAGUAUUACACAGAUGAUAGCACUUUAAAAAUACACAAGGAAUCCAAAUGCUAACGCUGCAGCCGCUCAGUUAUGCAGCAAGAGAGAACAUUUCUACAUGUAUUGCGAUACAUAGUCUGAGUCAGGGAAAUCAAACCUCUCCUUUCCUCUCUCCCCGUUGCCGGACGACCAGACAUAAACACAGUCUGUCUGUCUGUCAGACUGAGGAAGUCAUGUGAUGAAGGAUCUAUAAUUCUUGUGUGCAUUCAAUGCCUGAACUCGCCAACUGUAAGAAUUUAUUUUAAAAAAUUGCACAUACGAUGAGCUCCUUGCGUGCCUUCUGCAUUGUGAAAGAUGUUUGCGACUGUUUAUGGCUAAAAUCAAGGCAUGUCCCUCAGUAUUACUAAUUACAGUUACCCCAAUGAUUAACUACCGUGAAUGGCUCAAGAGUUGUGAAGUGGGAGCUCAGUGUUUGGGUCUCAGAGCAGAAGAACCAUUUGAUGCAUUUACUGUAAAAUCAAACUGCUUUAUACUUUGUGUUUUUUAUACCGUAGACUUUUUUGAUAUCAUCUGUAUUCACUGUGAUCAAAUGGCACAGGAGGUGCUUGUGCUCGGCAUAGUAAAAAAGUGUGUUAUUUCUCAUUCGUGUACACAGCUCAGUUGUUUUCCUCGGCUACUUUGCCACUCAGAUUGUACAGUAUGCCACGAGAGUUGUAUCAAAACCAUAAUCCAGAUCCAUCCCACUUAGUGGAUCAAAGACAGAAUGGGAGAGAAUGGUCUUGCUUUAUUUAUUUUAUUUUCUAUAGUCUGGUUAAUUGUCAGAUUUUGAUGUUGCUUAUUUGGCUUAAAUGUUCUGCCUGAUCAUACUAGUUUGAAUAAAGCUUUUUAAUCUGUG